UGCAACAUGUGUUUGCAUGUGAGCACGUGCGCAGCUGAUCAGCUGGUCACGUAUCACACGUCGCGGAUCUGCAACGACAGGAAGCAAAAUAUGAGGAAGGAAGCAUUGCUCACUUCAGAUCACCGCCCACAGAGAGCAGGGUGAAGCCGUCCUCACACACACGUACACACUCCUCACACACACACACGUAGGAAGACAGUGUGUGUUCUUAUAAUCUACAAACAGAGGAGAAGAAGAAGAGGUCGUCAUGGAGCUGGUGGUCUUCCUCCUGCUCCUCCUCCAGAUGUUCGGGUCUGCAGACAGCAGGUGCUUCUGUCAGGUGACAGGAGACCUGGACGACUGCACUUGUGAUGUGGAGACCAUCGACAGCUUUAACAACAACCAGCUUUUCCCAAAACUUCAAACUCUUCUGGAGUCCGACUAUUUCAGGUUCUACAAGGUGAACCUGAACAAGCCGUGUCCGUUCUGGACGGCGAACAGUCACUGUGGUCUGAGGGACUGUGCUGUGAUGCCCUGCUCUCCUAAUGAGGUGCCAGAGGGGAUCCGAUCACCCUCCCACAACAAGUAUUCAGCAGAAGCAAACGAGCAGCUGGAUGACUGUGAGCAGGCGAAGCAUCUCGGAGCUGUAGAUGUCUCUUUAAGUGAGGAGACCAGAGAGGCUCUGCUGAACUGGAGCAAACACGAUGACGAGGCCGAGCGCUUCUGCGUGGUCGACGACGAGGAGUCACCAGACUCCCAGUAUGUGGACCUGCUGCUGAACCCAGAGCGCUACACGGGUUACAAAGGACCAGAGGCCUGGCAGAUCUGGAACAGCAUCUAUGAGGAGAACUGCUUCAAACCGUAUACUGUCAAACGACCACUAUAUCCCAACCCGUUCCAAAGCGUCUCAGGAGGUGAAGCGAAGACGUUCUACAGCUGGCUGGAAGGUCAGUGUGUAGAGAAGAGAGCUUUCUACCGCCUCAUCUCCGGCCUUCACUCCAGCAUCAACAUACACCUGAGCGCCAGAUACCUGCUGGACGACAGCUGGUUUCAGAAGAAGUGGGGUCACAACGUGUCCGAGUUCAGACAGCGCUUUGAUUCGGAGCUGACGGCCGGCGAGGGUCCCAAGAGGCUCCGUAAUCUUUACUUCGUGUACCUGAUCGAGCUGCGAGCGCUGGCCAAAGCUCUGCCCGUCUUCCAGCAGCCGUCCUUCCAGCUGUACACCGGCAGACCCGAGGAGGACCGGAAACACAAAGAGCUGCUGCUGGACAUCCUGGAGCUGGCCAGGUCGUUCCCGCUGCACUUCGAUGAGACGUCUCUGUUUGCCGGGGAUGAGAAGGAAGCAGCCAAACUGAAGGAGGACGUCAGACUGGCCUUCCUCAACAUCUCCAGGAUCAUGGACUGCGUGGGCUGCUUCAAGUGUCGCCUGUGGGGGAAACUGCAGACUCAGGGGUUAGGAACAUCCCUCAAGAUUUUGUUCUCAGAGCGACAGAUUGAAGCUCUGCCCACGUCCAGCCAGCAGCGACCCAGUUUCCAGCUCAGCCGGCAGGAGAUCGUCUCCCUGCUCAACGCCUUCGGAAGGAUUUCCACGAGCGUCAGAGAACUGAAGAACUUCAGAUCGCUGCUUGCCGAGGAGCGGUGACGAUGCUGAGAUGACGUCCAACAACAUGGACUCUCCUGUCUUUAGUCCUGCUGAAAGGUCUUAGAGGAACACACGUGAAGAGAGAUCAUCUUUGAAACUGUUAACAGGUCCAGCUGUCAGCAGAGACUGACGAGAUGAAACUGCUUUAAUGU